GUCUACGCUUCCCCUCCUCCUUGUUUGCAUGAUUGAGAUUGAAGUUCCGCUGUGCCUCUUCUUCGUUUCACGUGUUCUUUCCUAGUUUCGCUUUCUCUUACAUUUUCGGGGAUCGGGAAACGGGAGAUUUUUAGGGUUUCCAUCGAUUGCCUUACCGGAACUGGACGUGGCUUGUAAGCAGCGCUACUGGGUUGGUGAAAGAGACCGACGGAGCUCCCCAGGUAUCAAAUCUUUGCAUCAGGAUCGCUGCAUCUAUUUGGCAUUGUCCGUCCCAGUGAGGUUUCAACUAUGCCUUUGCUCAAAAAAACGCCAUUUCCUUUGGUGGAGCCACCUGAAGAUUUGGAGCCGAAAGACCUUGUAUACCAAGUUCGGUACACCAAAGAAAUCUUCCAUGAUUAUCAAGAGUAUGUGAACAGGAUAAAUUUGUAUCGUCAAAGAAUUUGGACUUGUAAAAUUAGCGGCAAGGCUAACUUGACAUAUGAAGAGGCCCUAGUUUCUGAAAGGCUCGCCACAGAGAAAGUUCAAGGGAUUCCUAAAGAACUUGUGGAGCUUGCUUUGCACAUCAUACAGUUCAGUAUGCUUCCACUGAAAGAUCUCGCAGACACAAUAAGUGCAAAAUUGCAGGAACAUAAGUAUGUUGGGGAUGAAUUGCAUGCUAGGAGGGGUGAUAUUUUCUUUCCAUGCAAGAUACUGAAGGUUGUGGGAGACAGUAAUGGCAAGACUAGUUAUGAGAUAAGAUGGCUUGAGAGGAAUAAGAAGGUGUCGGAGACUUCAGUUGUUAAUGGGGAUGACCUGAUAAGGAAGAAGAAACUAUGUAGUAGAGACAUUUUGAAGUCUUUUAUACGGGAAUCCACAUACCGUAGAGAUCCUUGGGUACUUCACGAGCGCUUGGCUGCAAAACAUGGCAUCUCAAGUGAUCCACCCGAGGAGCUAAAAGACAAAGUUUCUGUCCUUGAUGGAGUGAUCAUCGAUAAAAAGAGGAAAACUGCUGGGGAAGGAGACGAGUCAGGGAAGUGUAAAAAGAAAAAAGUGGAAGAUGGAGCUGAAGUGAAAGAUGUAGCAAUUGACAAUGAUAAGCAAGUUGAGCUGAUCAAAUAUCCGAUUGAGGAUCUUUUAGUCCUACCAGCUGCGGAUGAUCCAGUCUUUACUGAACGGCCUUUACCUUCAAGGGAAUUUAAUGUUCCAAUGGAUUGUGUGGGAGAUCUGUUACUGGUCUGGGACUAUUGCUCUUCUUUUGGCAAGCUGUUGCAUUUGUGGCCAUUUUCUUUAGAAGACUUUGAAAAUGCCAUCUCCAGGAAGGAUAGUAAUAUAAUACUCAUUGUCGAAACACAUUCUGCUUUUCUACGUUUGCUACUUAAAGAAGAUGGAGAUCACUAUUUUGCUGCACAGAAGAGGAAUAGGAAGUCGAAGAUUACAUUGCUCAAUUGGACUGAGUAUCUUUGUGACUUCAUAGAGAGGAUAGGCACUCCUGAUUUAUCAGCCUCGACGUCAACUAUUAAACGAGGACACUAUGGCCUCUUAGACAUUCAAGUGAAACUUGGAAUCUUACGGGAGUUGGUCAAUGAAGCAGUUGAAACACUUAUUUUCAGGAAGAAGAUUGAUGAGUAUGUUGGACAGCGACAGGUGCUUGGAGCCACAUUGAGAGGGGAGGUCCUGGAAGAAGCAAGAAAAAAACGGGAAGAGAAAGAGCGAUCCAAAUCUGAGGAUGUUGCUAAUGGAGUAAGCAAUGGACAUUGCAUGGUUGAUUCGGAGGGUCUGCCUUGCAAACUUGUCUCUGUUAAUAAGCACAGUAGUCAAAACGGAGAGGCGGUAAGAAAACACAAGUCAGAGGUCUCAUCUGAAGAGGACCAUACAUCAGAUAAAAGUGACAACAAUGAUUCAGAGACUGCCUCAAAGAAAUCGGGCAAGGGACAGAACCAGGAUGCGGAAAAUGAAACAGGGACAAGUGAAGAGGCAUCAAAACAGAUGAAGGAUGAACGGAGAUUACCAACAGAGAAGAGGAGCAAAGAUCAAAGGAAGGAACAGUUAAAUCGAGAGAUGGAAAAACGGGUGAUACGAACUGAAUCCUUGGGUAAAGACAGAUACUAUAACAGAUACUGGUGGUUCCAGCGUGAUGGAAGGAUAUUCAUUGAGAAUUCUGACUCCAAAGAGUGGGGAUUUUAUAGUAGCAUAGAAGAGCUUAGUGCAUUAAUGGGUUCUCUGAACGAAAAAGGUGAGAGAGAAAGGGCCCUUCACAAGGAGCUGGAGAAGUUCUACGGCAGAAUUUGUGCGGAACUGCAAAAGAGAUCAAAGGAUUUGGAUAACAAAGUUGCAGUGGACGAGGCAGUGGUGAGGAGAUCUACGCGUGUACGGGCCAUACCAAGGGAAAAUCCUGCAAACUCCUACAUGAGGUAUGUUAAUAAGUGGAAGGAAGAUUAAGCGGUAAUACUCGUGACAUUUUAAGUUGUCGGGUGUUGGCCUCGGCUGAUGAAUCGCGAGGCGCUUCUCCAUUGAGAAAUGGAUAGUAACAAAUUCAUUAUUUUUGGUGGGCUGAGGAAUUUUGUCGAAGCGGGUAUAGAGUACAGUAGUAUGUAGUGUCAGCUAACAGGAAGAAGGAAAGGAUAGUGUCGGAUGGGGUAGAAGUUUUCUUAUGGGUUUCAUCUCAUCCAGAAUCACUGCAACUGCAAGGGGGACAUGCUGUUGGAUAAAUGACAUUUUGGUUUAAACAGUCAUUUUUGGCUCGAAGAUUAUCUUUAUAUUUUAAUAUCUUUAUCUUUAUAUCUGUGGUUCACUUUCACACUUUUUUUCCUCCUGGAAGGGCAAAAAUGGCUCGAAGAUUAUCUUUAUAUUUUUGGGAGAUCUGUUCGCUGGUUGAAAGCCGCUCGAGAAUCGAUUUCCAAAAGCACAACACAGCUCAAGCGAGCUCUGGUCCUUGCCCAUAGCUCCGUGAGUACGGACGGCUACUGACUUUGUAGCAAAAACUUGUAAGCCACUAACACUUUGGGUUCCCCUGUUGCGGAAUGCGAUGCAUGACUGUUGGACUUUGCUGUGUCAUUGGUGUUGAUCACCCAGACUGGCC